CCGCCUCACACGCUGACCAGGGGGUUCUUGCUUCAACAGUGCUUGAACGGAACUCCAGAUCUUCACCCCGCUCCUUUGUUUCAUCCGGGAAGAUUUUUUUUUUCUCCCCCGCUUAAACACUACAACUUAAAUCCGCUUCAAACUCUAUAUUUUUUUUUACACCGUUUCGUUUUUGAUAAGAAAACCAAGCAAAACCAGCCGAAAUGGAGUCCCAGGUGCGUCAGAACUACCACCGCGACUGCGAGGCCGCCAUCAACCGGAUGGUCAACAUGGAGCUGUAUGCGUCCUACACCUACACCUCCAUGGCCUUCUAUUUCUCCCGGGAUGAUGUGGCCCUGCCCGGUUUUGCCCAUUUCUUCAAGGAGAACAGCCAUGAGGAGAAGGAGCAUGCAGAGAAGCUGCUGUCCUUCCAAAACAACAGAGGAGGACGCAUCUUCCUCCAGGACAUCAAGAAACCGGAGCGUGAUGAGUGGGGUAGUGGACUGGAGGCCAUGCAGUGUGCCCUGCAGCUGGAGAAGAACGUCAACCAGGCCCUGCUUGAUCUGCACAAAUUGGCCUCUGAGCAUGUUGACCCCCAUCUGUGUGACUUCCUGGAGACCCACUACCUGAAUGAGCAGGUGGAGGCCAUCAAGAAGCUGGGCGACUACAUCAGCAACCUCUCCCGCAUGGAUGCCCACACCAACAAGAUGGCAGAGUACCUGUUUGACAAGCAUACCAUGGGGGGCAAGAGCUAAAUUCAAGGCCCAUUACCAAGCACUGGGCUGGGGGAGAAGGCUUUAAUUGACCCCCCCUGAUCUUGACAUCAGUUUAUAUAACCCAAGCCCACCUGUGCAUUCAGCCAAUAAAGGGUCCAUUUGUAAUGUGAUCUGCUUCAAGUUUAAGUUGGCAAUUUACUUUACUGUUCUGUCACUGUUGUUGAACCUUGGAAGUUGGCCAUUUGACCAGGUCAUGGCGUUUUGUGUCUUCAGCCAUCCAAGCCUCUUUCUUCUAACACUUAAACUUAAUGGGUUGAAAUGAAACGUUCAGAUUUCAAUAAACAUUUUGAGCUGGA